AUGUCCACAUCUGGUCAAAUAUUACAUGAACGUGCUCGUUCAUUAUUAACUUUAAUUGAUGGUCUUCAAAUUGAAAAUGAUUUAACAAGUUCACGUCGUACAGUAGAUGAUUGGCGUACAGAAAUGUUUUCAUUAAUAAAUAAUAUUCAUUUAAAUACAAUGAAUAAACUUGAUACAUUAACUAGUCGUUUACAUCAAUUAAAACAACGUCGUUCAGCAAUAUUAAGACAAGAUAUAUUACCAAAUUUAAGUAAAAUGGUUAUUGAAAGACGAAAAAAUUUAUCUGAACAAGAAUUAAAUGAUAUAAAAAAGAAAAUAACAAAAAUAGAUUGUGAUUUACAAGUAUUUGGAAGAUUAUUAAAUAAAGUUAGUAGUGAUGAAAAAAAAUUAGUUGAACAAAUUGAAGUACUUAAAAAUAUUCAACGUGAAAAUGCUCAAUUAUCUAUUCUUGAUAAUAUUUCAACACCAAAACGUCGUUUUACACUUGAUUCAUGUCAUUCACCAUUUAUAGCUGUAUCAGAAGAUAAUUCUAUGCUUAUUGAAGAUGAUAAUCAUCUUGUUUUAUUUGAUGAACAACGUCGUAUUAAUGAAAUUCCAUGGAAAGGACAAGAAGAUGAUUCAUUUAGUGGUUCAAUUAAAGAUCUUAUUUAUUCAAAUUAUCUUGAACAAUUUUGUGUUUUAUCAGCAUUACAUUUUUUUACACUUGAUCCACAUAUGUCAACAUUAGAAAAAAGUGAACAAUUAAGACCUUCUACAGGAAGUCAUUUUCAAUCACUUGCUUGUCUUCCUAAUGCAUCUGAUGUUUUUUUUGCUUUAACAACAUCUGGUUCACGUACAAAUAUUGAACGUUGGUCACUUAUUUCUGGUUCUUUGAUUAGACGAUGGUACCAUGAUAUAUUUGAAUCUGAUGAUCGUCUUAUAUCAUGUAUACGUGCUAAUGAAACAUGUUUAGCUAUUUGUAUAAAACAACAAAAAACUGAAAAAGGUCCUCAUAGUGAUAAUAAUCAAUGGCGUGUUGAUAUAUUUGAUUUUACACUUGUUCGAAUGUUUCGUGGUGUGAAUUUAAAAAGUGGUGGUUUAGGAACAUAUAUAACUCCAUUUGAUGAUCGAUCAUGGUUAACUAUCAAUGGUAAUGAUAUAUGGUUAUUAGAUGAACAAGGUGGAUUUAUUGAAGAAAAAACAAUAAAUGAACGUGAACAAUUACAUAAUAUUAUUGUUAAAGAUGAAGAUAUAAAUGGACAAAGACAAUUUAUAAUUAAAAUGGGUAAACCAGCUGAGUUGCGUGUUAUUUAG